ACCAAAGAGAAGUAUGGGAAAGAAUGCAAGGUAAGAUACCAUUUUGUUGGUGCUUUUAAUUCCUAAAUCCCAAGACAUUUGAAUAGUGUAUUGUCUUUAUUAUAUCAAAACUAAUGAACAUAUCUCACCUCCUUCCUUAGAUAUGUUCCCUUCCCUUCACUGUGUUCCGCUGGUGUCCAGGAAUGAGGAGGCGCUUCAAGAAGACAGAGGUGUGUCAGACCUGCAGCAAGAUGAAGAACGUCUGUCAGACCUGGAGUAUGGUACGUCAUAGAUGCAUUACCUGCACCACCUUACUACCUGUUCAAGCCAUGGCUACUUUGUCAUGACUAGAGCUGCCUGUAGGAGUACCAAAUCUAAGAUGUUAACCCCUCCGUUUUACCAAUCCAGGUCCGAGACACCGGGCUGGACAUCAAGGAUGACGUGCCGAAGUCAGACGUAAACAAGGAGUACUACACAUAGAAUGUAGAGAGAGGGGUAUGGAGGAGGAGAGGAGGCUGCAGCCCUGUUAUUUCUGUAAUCACAAAUUCAACAGCCAGUGUUUUCCCCUGUUACCUCCCUCAUCUCCCCGAAUCCCUGUGUCCCCAGAUAGGGAACUCUGACGAGACACGGCUGGUGGGUCUCCUUUGUAAGGUCCCCAGCUCCAGUGAGAUGCUGCUUAAGCUGGCCGUACUACAAGAGGAAUAGACUCCACAUCUGCUCCUUCUGGGUGAAGGGAGAGUGGAAGAGAGGAGAGGAGUGUCCCUACAGGUGAGAAUGCCAUUAAACGAUAGCUUUAUCUCUUUAAGCGCUACGGCUGGGUCUUAUUUGUACAGUCCAAUGACUAAAUACAGCCCUGGCUACCUCCUGUCUGUAUGAUUUGUAAUGUCGCUGAAAUUGCACUUGAUGGUGCUGUUGAGCAAUAAAUCAACCUACAUUGACUGUGGACAACUCUUCCUUCUCGCUCUCUCUCUCUACACCCCCAGGCACGAGAGGCCCACAGACCCAGACGAUCUCCUGGCAGACCAGAACAUUAAGGACCGUUACUAUGGUAUCAACGACCCUGUGGCUGACAAGCUGCUGAAACGAGCCUCCACCAUGCCCCAACUGGAUACGCCCGAGGACAAGACCAUCACUACACUCUACGUAGGGGGGCUGGGAGAUACCAUCUCAGGUGCUGAGCUCAGGUAGGGGUCGGAUUGAUUUGAAAUUGUUUUUUUUUGCUUCCAAAAAUAUCAGACACAGAUAAUUUUUUCGGCAGUUUCAACGGUCUGUGACAGGUGGUUGUGGUGUGCUCCUACAGGAAUCACUUCUACCAGUUUGGGGAGAUCUGGACCACCACCAUCGUCCAGAAGCAGAAGCCUUCAUCCAGUUUGCCACACGGCAGGCGGCUGAGCUUGCCGCUGGGAAGUCCUUCAACAAGCUCAUCAUCAACGGACGCAGGCUCACCGUCAAGUAGGGCAGGUAAGAGGUCAAGGGUUACGAGGAGAGGAGAUCAACAGAAAGUACUGUAUGUCCCUCCUUUCUAACCAGAUGGGGACAACCCUGUAGAUGGGGCAGAAUGUAAGACUUGGUAUUUGGGCUCCAUGUGACUGUCACCCUAGUCAUUCUGUACUGUAAUGAGUUGUGACUGACCAGGUCCCAGGCAGCCAGAAGGAAGGAGGCCAUCAAAGACUGGGUCAGUGAGAUGGGAACCAGACUGGACCCUUUACCAGGACUGCCUAGAGGUGAGUGUCUGAUAUCUGGGAUGCAUUGAGAGGGUGUGUGUGUGUGUGUGUGUGAGAGCCUGUGUAUGUGCAAGUCUAUCAUUGUUCCUGUUCUGACUGUCUUCUCUCUCCCACAGCUCUCCCCCCACCUCCUGCUCUGGAAGAGCACACUCCUACUAACUACUUCAACCUGGAGCCUGGUACCUCUCCUAAUGUCAUGAACAUCUCCCUAUCUCCUGGUACCUCUCCUAAUAUCAUGAACGUCUCCAUACUUCCUUGUACAUCUCCUAAUGUCAUGAACAUCUCCCUACCUCUUGGUACAUCUCCUAAUGUCAUGAACAUAUCCCUACCUCCUAGUACCUCUCCUAAUGUCAUGAACAUCUCCCUACCUCCUGGUACAUCUCCUAAUGUAAUGAACAUAUCCCUGACCCCCACUACCUCCAGGUAUCAGUCUCACCUUUGUCCUGUGAUGGUUAGGGGAAACUGCUGGCCAUACUUCUGCUAUAUCACUGAGCUACUUCUGUGUUGACCCUGCUAUGUGUCUGUUGUGCGUAUCACUUAUCCCCUUCAUGUUUUGGUGGUCCUAUGUUUCACAUGGGUUUGAUGGGUCUCCCUCCUCCCCAUCCCAUGGGUAUGAGACCCCCAGGACACAUCCAUUACCCUUCCCAGGACCCCCAGCGCAUGGGCGCCCAUGCUGCCAGUCAUAGCAACUAG